UGAAUUUCUAAUUUAUUGUGUUGUCCCAGAUAGCACAUGAUGUUAAAUCAACGUUGAAAAAUAGUUAGAAUCGUUGAUUUUUGGUUGAAGUCGACAAAUGACGGUGGAUCAACCAUCAAACAACCAUCCAAUCAAACCGUUGAAACUGUGACAUUGAAUCAACGUUGUUUUGUGGUUGAAAUCUGAUCACUGAAAUGCCGAAGUCUGAUUAAUGGUUGAUUUCUGGUUGAAGACGACAAAUGACGGUGGAUCAACCAUCAAACAACCAUCCACCUCUAGCCAAGUAACCAGUGUUGAAACUGUGUCAUUGAAUCAAUGUUGUUUUGUGGUUGAAAUCUAAUGACUGAAAUGCCGAUGUCUGAUCAACAUCUGAUCAAUAUUGAAUCAAUGUCAGCUGUUUUGCCUCACCCCUUCCCCUCCUCUCCUCCUCAUCAGAGCUCUGGGUCAGAGCAUUUUAUUACUGAGCGGGGGUUAUCACAUUUAAAUUAAGCACUGUAGAGGAUAGUGGGUGCUGAUUCCUUUCUGUACAUUUUCUUACUUGUUCAUAACAAUUCUCACUGACUGUGUGUGUGUGAUAUAUUGACACAAAAACAUCUACAACUUACUAAAAGGAGUGGAGCGGUCCACCCCCACCGUUUACAUGAGUGGGAUAGCCCUACCACACAGCUGCUUCGCUGUUGGCUUGUUGGAAUAUAUGUUAAUUCAAUGUUGAAUUACCAUCACAAAGGUUGCAUGUUUGGUUGAGGUCGACAACUGAUGGUGGAUCAACUAUAAAACAACCAUUCAAUUCUAGCCAAUUAACAUCCAUUGAUUGAAAUGCCAAAAUUGAAUCCAGUGUUUUUCAGCACCGGCACCAGGCACACUGCCCUGCAAGUUUUAGGCAUUUCCCUAAUUCAGCACACAUGAUUUUAAUUGACAUCUAAUUAACAGGGUUUUGCUGAACUGAAAACACGCAGGUCAGUUUGAUUGAGGACAAGGUUUGGGAAAGAACUACCCAGAUAGCACACGAUGUUAAUUCAAUGUUGAAUUAUUAUCACAAAGGUUUCAUGUAUGUUUGAGGUCGACAAUUGAUGGUGGAUCAACUAUAAAACAACCAUUCAAUUCUAGCCAAUUAACUAAUGUUGAAACUGUGUCAUUAAAUCAAUGAUGUUUUGUGGUUAACAUCAAAUAAAUGAAAUGCCGCCAACGUCGAGUCCAGUGUGUUUCAGCACUGGUCCUCCAGGCACUACAAGUUUUAGGCAUUUCCCUAAUUCAGCACACAUGAUAUUAAUUGACAUCUGAUUAACAGGGUUUUGCUGAACUGAAAACACGCAGGUCAGUUUGAUUGAGGACAAGAUUUGGGGAAGAACUAGUAAUCUAAAUGUUCUAAAAGUGGAGGGGUGUUUAUUACACCCCUCCACUUCACUCUCACAUUCUAACCCCCAACCCCUCUCCCUCCACCCUUCACCUCUCACCUGGCUUGUCUACCCCUCAACCUCCCUCCCCCUUUCUACUCUCCUCCUCUCCUCCUUUGACUCCGGGUGAAACUACUUUUAUUUUUUGUGAGGGUUACUCACAUUAUAAUUUAAGUAGUAUGUGUUGGUAACAUUGGGUUGUAAUUCUGUCCUGUACAUCUUCUUACUUGUCUGUAAAUGUUAUGACUGACUAUGUAUGUGUGAUAUGUUGACACAAAAACACAUAGAAGUCACUAAAAGGAGUUAGGUGGUCCACCUCCCCCAUUUCAUGACUGGUAUGUCCCAACCACAUAGCCCCUUUGCAGCAGGAUUGGUGCAACCUGUUUCUGAAUUUAAUUAUUCAACCCCCAGCACUUUUGUGGUAAGUGUGGCCAAUCUACCUUGAUCUUAACCUAUUUAUUAUAAACCAACUGCAUUGUGUUGCGCUUAAGUUGCAGCUUGGUAGGGAAAUAAGCAGUGAUGGCAUAAUUAUGUUGAAAAACUAACUUUAAAUCAGAUUUUGAUAACACUAAAGUUGGGUUGUACACUUUGUGAGGUCUCAGGAUGCUUGGUCCUGCUAUAGUGAGGCAUUUGCUUAUGCUGGUAUUUUAAAAUGAACAGUAACUUUCGCAUUAUAAUAAUUGCCUGUCUUGAUAUGGAUCUAAUUGUACAAAUAUGUUUCGGCUUGUUUCAUCUUGCAUAUUAAAAUGCAGCAUCUUAUUCUGAAUCUCUUCAUCUCCUUUUUUUAUUUUUCCAGCUAUAUUUAAAUAUAACAGCUUUAAAGAAAGAAGACAAUUGUAGGUAAACAGGUGCAGUUUGUCUACAUUAGAGUAAAGCACCACCACACUCUUUAAGAUGUCGGCUUCUUCUCGGGCUAAAAGACGUAGAGUUAACAAAUUAUUGAAAGAGACAGAGCAGCAAAUCCUCACCGAGUAUAAGUUAAUAGUUAAUGCUAAUCCAAGGAAGAAACAGAAGAAAUAUCAUGUUGCAGCCUCUUGUCAGUGCAGGUUGGAUGUACUACCUUUUCAAGAUAUUUCAGACUUGCCACUAAACAGACGACUAACUAUCAGUGCUGUGAAUGAAAAUACUGACUUGCCAGGUGAGUCAGAAGCACAUUUUGAAAGUAUAGUGGAGGAUGAGCUUGACAGUGAUGACAAUAAUGAUUUGCUCAGGAUAAGUUUAAAGUAUUGGGCAACAUCCUAUUCAAUCUCUCUGGUUGCACUGUCAUCUUUGCUGUCUAUUUUGACAAUGUUUCACCCUACCCUACCAAAAGAUGGGAGAACAUUGCUUGGAACACCCAGAAAUGUGCCCAUCACUACAAUUCAAGGGGGAGAUUAUUAUCAUUUUGGAAUAGUCAAAGGGGUGCUUUCACGGUUGGCAUGUUUGUGUGUACCAUCAACUAUGACUACUAUUAAUAUCCAGUUUAAUAUAGAUGGCUUACCUUUAUUUAAAAGUUCCAAACUUCAGUUUUGGCCCAUACUUGGAUGUCUGACAUGUGACUACACAAAGUCCCCAUUUGUUGUAGGCAUUUUUUGUGGUCUAAGCAAGCCAGUGAGUGUUUUUGAGUACCUGGCUCAGUUUGUCAAAGAUCUUCAGAAUGUAUUGUGUAAUGGCAUUAUUUAUAAUGGUAAGCAAUUUAAUGUAGAAAUUUCUGCCUUUAUUUGUGAUGCGCCGGCAAGAGCUUAUAUUAAGCAGGUCAAAGGAUUCAAUGGCUAUUCAGGUUGUGACAAAUGCUUUCAGGAGGGUGUAUGGAUGAAUAAAAUGACAUUUCCUGAAACAAAGCAUAAACUUAGGACAGACUCCAGUUUCUCUGACAUGGUUGAUGAGGAACAUCACAUUGGAAAGAGCCCUUUAUCUGGUUUAGUUAAGAUGGUUUCUAUGUUUCCACCAGAUUACAUGCAUGUCUGUUGUCUCGGAGUUACAAGGAAAAUGCUUCAUAUAUGGUUAAAGGGGAAACAUUUAGCAACAAAGUUUCCUUCCCAAACUGCAGCAGGCAUUUCAGAUAAACUCCUAAAGCUACGUUUCUACACGCCUUCUGAGUUUAACCGUAAACCAAGGGGACUGUCGGAGAUAGAUCGGUGGAAAGCUACUGAGUUCCGAUCCUUCAUGUUAUAUUGGGGUCCUGUUGUUUUGAAGGAUUCACUCCCCAGUGAGCUGUAUGACAAUUUUAUGUUGUUUUCCGUUGGAAUGUACAUGUUGCUGUCCCCUAGUAUAUCUGAGGAAAUGUUAGCCUUUGCACAAAAGUUGAUGGUUGCUUUUGUUGAACACUUUGGGGAAUUAUAUGGAAAAGAUGAAAUUGUGUACAAUAUACACCAGCUUACUCAUUUGGCUGAAGAAUACAGGAGGUUCGGCAAUCUAGAUAAUAUAUCAGGAUUUCCUUUUGAGAAUUGUCUUGGUCAAAUUAAGCAUCUUCUACGCAAGCCACAUCAAACACUACAACAGGUAGUUAAAAGGUUGUCUGAAACCUCACAUGUUGGACCCACAUGUUCUAGAGAUUAUCCAAAGUUGCUUAACAUCCACAUUGAUGGUCCAGUCCCCACACAGUUUAUUUCUUCACAACAGUACAGGAAGGUCUCCACUCAUCGGUUUACUUUGUCCACAAAGAAAGGAGACAAUUGUGUUGAAGUUGGAGAUGGAUUUGCAUUAAUAGAGAAUAUUAUUAAAUCAGAAGAGGAUACAUAUAUAAUCGUCAGAAUGUACGGACACAAACAGCCAUAUUACAUGUAUCCCUGUGAAUCAUCAUACAUUGGCACAUACAAAGUCAGUGGCUUGAAAGAAAAUAUAGGGGUAGUUGGACUGGCCUCUAUCAAGCGCAAAUGCCUUCUCUGUCCAGACAUGGAUGGUGCCAUUGUAAUACCACUACUUCAUUUAGCAUAGUCAUGCUGCCCUGCCAAAGUGCAGUAUCUGUAACUGAGAUGUAUAUCAUGGCAUAAAUUACCUAAAAAUAACAUUUAUCUAAUUCUUACCUGUGCAAAUAACAUGUUUGACUGGCCAAAAACUACAAUGUCUGUAGUGCACUUUGGCUUUGAAGAGUGAAAUGGGGAUGACCUGUAAGGAGAUAUCAUGAGUAGUUCUCAUUUCAUCCCUAGCCCUUCGAAGAUGAGUAGAGAGGCACUGUGGUCAGUUGUACAGUUCCCAAAUGGUGGGACAGCAGUAGUUCUAGAGAGCUGGUUUAAAGCUGAGGAACAGACGCUGUUAUGGCCCCCAAAACACAUAACACUCAAGAAAGCCCUUCGAGACGGAAUGCAACCAGACGACAAAUGGAUCACCUAUACGGAUGUACGAGUCCUCAUUACGUGUGAGACCCUUGAUGAGGCGAAAAAACGAGAGACAAAAUAUAACACCACAAUGUGUCCAACAUCUGAAAUUGAAUCUCAUGAUGAAGGAGCUAUCCGCCAAAAAAGAAUAUCCAGGCCAAAUCAGCAGUUUAUGCAUUCUGAUUCUGAAGACCAUCAGAGUAGCAGUGCAAAAAGAAAGCGUUUUGCCAAACCACCUGAUGUUGGAUGUCCAGUAGAUCUUGUUGCUAGCAACUACCAACAAUCACUAGCUGAUGAAGUUCUUAAUGCUGAGAUGCCAGGUUUUGCUACAGCCCACUGUGUCCAGUACCACAAGUUGCAGAAUCCACAGCGACAAAGUACAAGUAUUGGGUUGUCUGGAUGCAGCUCAAGGCAGUAUAACCAUCGCCCUGGUCUCUCACAAUGUGCACAAAAUAGGCUGCCAUUGGAUAUAUCACAGACAAACUCCGACCAGAAUGAUGUAUUGGAUUCAGCGCCUAAUCAAGGUUUCGAAGAUGCAACCACACAAAGGGCCAGCAAUAAUGGGCAGCUUUUGAGAGACCUCGCUAUCCAUAAGAUGACAUCGAUGCUUGCUGAAGCUCUUGUGAUUGUGAAGGAUCUAUCCAGAGAUGUCCAAUUCAUUAAGAACAAUUUGGCUCAGAGUAACAUUACACCAGGUAGCACACAAGGACCAGCAAACCUUGUACUCCCCUUCCAGCUGCCAAUUGAAAGUGAAGAAGAUUUCAGUAAAGCAGAGUCAUUACUGAUUGAAGAGACAGUGCGUCAAAAGAUGAUUGCUCGACUGGCUCUAGUAGGAGGCACCAAUUCAGCCAACAUGAUAAGAAGAAUGUUGACAACUUGUAUGAGAAAUGCCCUGGCAAGUCAGUUCAACUGGGCUGGGAAGAAACAUAGGCAUUCCCAGAGUAAAAAGCCAUUCAAGGACACAAUCCUGCAAGAGUGCAUAUUAGUUGCUGCUCGUCAAUUCGAACCAGGCCUAACUGAUCAAAAUUACAGCGAAACAGUAAAGAAAUGGUUUCGCUAUGCACCAGACCGGGAGGGAGGCAUUGAAAGGCAACCAAAGGGACGGCCAGAAGACUGAAAUUAAAUAAAAUAUUUAAGCAAUGCCA